AUGGCCGUUCAAGAAGCUUUGGAACAUGGGCUUUCCGAUCCAUUCAAAGAUAGAGAUGGUACUCUUAUGGAUCCUGGAUUAUGUAUAUACCACUGUGCAAAUUACGGAUUUAUCUUUUCAGGUCUGACAAAAGGUGGUCAAUGCCGCUGCGGAGGAUCUACUGCCCUUGUAACAUAUACCAAAUUAAAUGAUACUUCAAGUAAAAUAGUGUGCAACUUACCAUGUGUCGGAAAUUCAAGCUAUACUUGUGGUGGUGACAACGGAUACACAAUUUAUCGAGAAACAAUUCCAAUGCAACUAAAAAUAAGCGCAUUACAAAAAGUCUUUAUUAUUCAAAACCUCAAAUAUAAUAAGCAAUAUAAUGGUUGUUUUAAAGAAUCUCCUUACUGUAACCAAAGAAUGUUAAAGGGAUCAAAAAAAGAAGUCAUCAGCUUAAGCGUUGGGGAUUGCGUGAAUUUUUGUAAAAAUAAUAAUUAUAGUUACGCUGGAUUAGAAAUUGGUACUGUAUACACAUGA